UGGUUCUAUAUAAGAGUACACAUUAUAUCAACCAGAGGAAGCAUUCUCUCGCGGUAACCAGCUCGCCAAUGACCGAACAUUGAGGUGAAAAAAACUGAGGAACGACCUGAAGAACCGCUUUGCCUGCGUUGAGUGAGAAAGGAAGAUCAAGAGAAACAACAGAACUAGACAAGGAAACAUCGAAAGGUGCCUGCUUGGGAGGAAGAAUACUAUAGAGUGGGGCCGAUGUGUCAAAAAUAGCCAAAUACAUGUAUAUAUACAAGUGAAAGGAAAGAUCUGCCAGAAUUGUAUUGCAACAGGUGACGGUGCGGCUGGUCGAAAGUGUCGGUUUUCACUAAAGUGACUCGUCGCCACAGAGUUGGAGAGUAGAAAGCUAAAAAACAGAGUGUGACAAGAGUUCUUCGCCACUUUUAGAAGAUAGAAAGUUAUACAGUUGUCUGCAACAAUUGAAGAUGGGUACUUUACAACAGCAAUCAAUUUUAAAAGGUCUGCAAAUAGAAAAUGACAAAGAGAAAAAGUUAGUGCAUGAAUUGUUCAGUUGUACAGCCGCAGCCCAUCCGAAUCAAACUGCGAUACGUUAUGAAAAUGACGCAGGUGAGAAAUACACGUUGUCUUAUGAGGAACUAGACAACAUCACCAGACAAUUGGCACAAGCCUUACAUAAAUAUGAAAGAUACGAGAGAGCUUCUCAAUCACUGGUAGCUGUUUGUAUGAAACCUUCGGAUCGUCUCCCAAUCAUAUUACUCAGUAUAUUGAAAGCGGGGAUGGCCUAUUUGCCCUUAGACGCGGAAUUCCCCAUGUCCAGAGUAAAACACAUUCUUGAGGAAGCGCAACCAUUGAUGGUGCUAAUUGAACAAGAAGCGGAUUUGUCGAUUUACGAGGGAACUUUAGUCAUAACGUAUGAGCAGCUUUUGAAAGAAGCCAAGAAAAUACAAAAGAACACAUUGGAAAUCAAAGAAUGUCCAAAUCAACUUGCUAUUGUCCUUUAUACUUCCGGAAGUACAGGGAUUCCAAAAGGCGUGCUCAUACCGCAUACUACUCUAUUGAAUCGUCUGGAAUGGCAAUGGAGAGAACUUCCAUAUGCCGACGACGAGGAACGAUGUGUUUUCAAAACUUCCCUUACGUUCGUUGACAGCGUUCCAGAAAUUUGGGGACCUCUUUUGCAAGGUCGUACUCUGAUAGUCGUACCGAAAAGCGUAACAAAAGAUCCGGAGAGAUUUGUACCACUUUUGGAGAAGCAUCAGAUACAACGUUUAGUCCUCGUACCAUCGCUACUGCGUUCGUUACUCAUGUAUUUGGGUCUGCCGGAUAAUGAGAACGUUCUUGGUCGUUUGAGACUGUGGAUUUGUUCCGGGGAAACUUUGCCGAUCACGUUGGCUGAUCAGUUUUUUACUACGUUUAGCAAUGAGGACAAAAUAUUAGCCAAUUUUUAUGGUAGCACGGAAGUUAUGGGCGACGUCACGUAUCAUCUUUUAAGCAAACGCGCACAAUUACAGGAUAUGGAAAAAGUGCCGAUUGGAAAACCAAUUGACAACUGCAUAAUUUACCUCGUGAGCAAGGAAAUGCGACUGGUACCUCAGGGAGAAAUCGGAGAGCUGGUCGUGGCCGGAAAAAACCUUGCUAUGGGUUAUAUACGCGAGCGGGACACGCAUAAAUUUCUGGCGAAUCCUUUCUCCAUUGAUCCACAAUAUUCGAGAAUCUUUCGUACAGGAGAUUACGCUAAAAUUGUCAAAGGAUCAAUAAUUUACGAAGGACGAGUAGAUUCACAAAUCAAAAUCAGAGGUCAUCGGGUUGAUCUCACAGAAGUUGAAAAGAUGGUUAGCAAAGUACCCAAUAUCAAUAAAGUUGUAAUCCUUUGUUACAAACCUGGCGAAUUAUCACAGACACUGAUAGCCUUUGUUAUCCUCGCGGUUAAUAUGAGUCUAUCUACUUCAGAAAUUACGGAUUUCCUCCAAAAGAUAUUACCGCCAUAUAUGUUACCACAAAUUAUUAUUGUCGAUCAUAUACCUCUUUUAACUAAUGGAAAGAUAGAUCGGCAGGCAUUAUUAAAGCAGUAUGAAUCAUCUUGCCCUAAUAAUGAUGAUGAUGUUGCGGCCAGUUGCAAUUACAAUGAUGUGCCAAGUCAAGACCUUGCAAAAGCACGCGUUCUCUUUCCGACUGUCGUGUCCGUAAUCGGAUGUAAUAGUCGUACGCCAGUGACGUUGCAUGCGAAUUUCUAUGAGCUCGGUGGAAACUCCUUGAAUUCCAUUUAUACCGUAACCAAAUUAAGAGAUCAAGGUUAUCAAAUCGGUAUCACGGAUUUCAUCACGGCAAAAGAUAUGGCCGAAGUACUGAAUCGUAUGAAACUCAUAUCCUCCGUUGAAGAGCCUCUGAAAGAAACUAUUGAUGAAAAGCUAUACGUCUUCGAAUCAUUGAAUGAUAGUCAUAAAGAGGACGCGAUCGAGAUAAUCACAGAAAGCUUUUAUUCGAAAGCUGAUUUAGAGCAAUGGUUAAUGCCCGAUAUAAAGAGGACUGAUUAUCAAGAGCUGAUGGAAACUAUGUGGAACUCUCUGGUAGAAAAGGGCCUGAGCUUUGCGAUGAAGUCGAUGCAAAGCGGCAAGACAAUUGGAGUUACCUUCAAUUUCGACGUUUGGGACGAGCCUGAAGUAAUAAUCAAUUCCAAACUAAUUAUCAUUUUCGAUUUUCUUGAGUACCUGGAAAGACCGAUUAGGGAAUACAAAUUACCGAAGGGCAAAGGUAAAAUCAUUCACAAUUUCAUGAUGGCAACGAGCAGCGACUUGAGUUCCGCGGAGAACGUGCUUGUGAUGGGACAGAUGGAGGAGUAUUGUUUGCAUCUCGCUAAACAGAAAGAGUACGCGGGAAUCUUCACCACAAAUACUAGUCCCCUCACACAGCAACUUGGCACGGACGUGUACAGCUAUGAAACCAUGUUAGUGUAUCAAGUGAACAAAUAUGAGACACUUGGUGGAAGUAAACCUUUCGGCAAAGCUCCCGACAGCCAAGUGGCAAUUUGUUCGUUAAAAAUGAUCCACUAAAGCAAUUUUAGAAAAUAAUCGAGAAGUAAAGUAUUAGCAUCGAUUAGUGAGAUCAAUAUAUCCUUGUUAAUAAUCUAUUGUGAUAUCAUUAACUUUUAGAUUAUUAUUUCUUAUGAAUAUUACUGACAAACAAUAUAAAAGAUAAUCGCUUAAAAUAAAUUCAAAAUUUAUGUUGUUUGUCAAACAAGUUAAGUUAAUUUAAUUAUUAUUGUUCCUUCAUUAUCAUUUCAUAAAACAAAGUUGUACAAAAUUUUAGUUAAUCAAUUGCUUACAACUUUGAAUAAUUGGAGAAAUAAUUUUUAAUUAUUUAUUGAUAUUUAAUGUGGUAAUUUUUUAUUAAUUUGACUUAAACGUUUUUAUUAAACAUUUUUAUUCAAGAAUCAAUAUUUGUCAUAAUCAUAAAUUAGAACUAUUACUGCUGAUAUAAAAAGCCGCAAAUUGCGAUAAAACAUUUCAGAAAAAUAUUUAAUUAUUAGCACAUACACACACGCACACACACAUAUAAAACUUAUAAAAACUAUUAAAUUUAUUGUAGACUUAUACAAAUUAAAUCUCUUUCUUAUAAUAUUAUACAGAGUAUAUGGUAAUAAGCCAAUGCUUGUAUGCAGAUAGUGUAGAUUGAGUUGAACUAAACAAAAUAUCUUAAAUCGUUUUGUGAUCUUCGCAAUAAUAAAAAAGUUAUUAAUUGAAGUUAUGAUUUGCAAAUCAGAGCAAAUCUUGUAUCACCGAGGCACUAGGCGGACAUAGGUACGAUAGCACCUCUCCGACCGUAUCUCUCAACAACGCGUGUAAAUACAAAA